AUGGCGCAGCGCCGCCUCACCGACUUCUACGCGCGCCGGCGCCCCGCGCCCCCGGGCUCCGCCGUCCCGCGCGCCAAGCCGGCCUGGCGCACGCCGAGCCCCGCCAAGUUGGCGCCCCGCAGCCCGGGCAGCAGCCGCAAGCGCGCGCGCCCGCCCGCCGAGCCCACGCGCGACGACCCCGCGCCGCCCGCGCGCAGGAGGCUGCGGCUGCCGGCCGCCGAGGCCCCGGCCCCGGGCCCCGCCGAGCUCCAGCGGUGCCUGCAGCGGGCCCGGGAGCUGGGCGCCCGGGCCCGGCAGCUGACGGCCCACACCGACGAUGAGGACAGACGGCCAGUUCCGGAGGCCGAGGAGUCACGCAGCCAGCUGGCCGUGCCCGCCUACCAGCGCUUCCAUGCCCUCGCCCAGCCGGGCCCCCCGGGCCUGGUGCUGCCAUACAAGUACCAGGUGCUGGCUGAGAUGUUCCGCAGCGUGGACACGAUCGUGGGCAUGCUGCACAGCCGGGCCGAGACCGCCACCUUUGCCAAGGUCCAGCGUGGCGUGCAGGACGUGCUGAGCAAACGCUUCGAGGAGCACAACCUGGGCCAGAUCAAGACCGUGUACCCCGCCGGCUACCACUUUCGUCAGGAGCGUGGCGUCCCCACCUUCAGGGACGGCGUGAAGAAGUCCACCUACCAGCUCACCAUCGAGCCACUGCUGGAGCCCGAGGAGGGGGCCGCGGCCCCCCGGCUCACGGCCUCACGCCUCCUGCAGCGGCGCCAGCUUUUCAGCCGCAAUCUGGUGCAGCGGGUCCGGGAGCACCACCGGGCCUUCCUGGCCUCGCUGGACCCCCCGAUGGUGGUGCCCGAGGAGCAGCUGACGUGCUGGCACCCCCGCUUUGAUGUGGACGGGGUCCCCGACAUCGAACCUGCAGAGCUGCCCCAGCCGCCCCAGGCAGAGAAGCCGGCCACCGCCCAGGAGGUGCUGGCACGGGCCUGCAGCCUGCUGUCACCCAGGAUGGAGCGGGCCCUGACGGCCCUGGCCCAGCGCACAGCCCAGGCCGACAGCCCUGCGCCCCCCAGCCUCCCGCCGCCGGCCUCCCCGCCCACCACGCCCACCGCCCUCAAGGGGGUGCCUCAGGCCCUGCUGGAGCGGGUCCGGGCCAAGGAGGCGCAGAGGCAGCUGGCGCAGAUGACACGGAGCCCGGAGCAGGAACAGCGGCUGGGGCGGCUGGAGCGGCUGCCCGAGAUGGCCCGGCUGUUGCGCAGCGUCUUUGUAGCUGAGCGCAAGCCAGCACUGGCUAUGGACGUGGCCUGUGCCCGGAUGGUGGGCAGCUACCGCUCAGCCAUGAGCCCUGAGGAGAUGGAGCGGCACCUGCGCCUUCUCGCCGAGCUGCUGCCCGACUGGCUGAGCCUGCACCGCGUCCGCUCCGACACCUACGUCAGGGUGGACAAGGCGGCCGACCUGGCCGGCCUCGCUGCCCGGCUGGAGCGCCUGGCACGUGCUGAGGCAGCACUGUGA